GCCCUCCUUGUACCCCCUCUAAACAGUGAAAACAUAUACAUACACACGCGUGUAGACGCACACGCACGCGGAUCACGCAGAGGAGAAGACAGAAGUGCCGGGGCAUUGUACACGUGUGAGCCGCGCCAGUUUGUAGUUACUUGUUUAGAGUGCGCGCAUGGAUUUCGUGGUACUGUACAAUCUGUGAGUUAAGAAAAUUCGUAUCCACGAAUUUUCGAUUAACGAAAAAAAAAAAAAAAAAAAAAAAAAAAAGAAAAAAACAAAAAUACGAGCUGUUCCGUGACGUCAUUACACGGGGUGCGAAACAAUCCGCCGUGUGGACGUAUUCUACGAGCAAGAGAAGAAAAAAAAGGAGAGCGGUGUGCACGAACAAGUCGAACCUCACCUUUCCUUUUUCACGAACGUCUCUCCGUCACCAUCGCUCGAGUUCUCGACCUACCACUCUCUCCCUCUCUAUCUCUCGUUUCGCCUCUUGUCCGUCCCUCUAGCGCUUCCUCUCGCUCGCUCCUCCCUCUAUUCCGUCUCGCUUUCUCAUUUCCUCUCUUUCUAUAUCACGUUUUCUUCUUCGCACUCACACUUAUGUACCUCCGCCUUCCUAACCGCUGAGCGGAGGACUGGAUUCCGUCGAAAAGAAACGACGAUUCGGAGGAUAGUCGCGACCGAUCAUAGCUGGCGCGUCGAUCGGAUCAACGACGUGAGUUAGCUACACGAGCGAAUCAUCCACCGGCGCGUAUAAUACCCGCAUUCAAGUACCCGUGUUAAUAUCGUUGUAAUUAGUUUAUGGUUUACCGUUUUCUGCUCGCGAAACAUCGUCUCUAUUACCUGGACAAAACGAUCCUUAUUUUUCGAUCUCGAUCCUACACGGUGGCUAGUGUGAACUGUUCUCGUUGACUUACGGUUGUCAUCGGUCUGUGCUAGUCGUGAACGAGUCCCGAAACCAACAGUGUCAUCUACACGACUGCGUUGCGGUCGAAGCUCGGAAAACUGGUCCCUUCCUCUCUGGUGCCUGCGUCUGUGACAGUGCGAGUGUAUACGACUGAAGACCGCUUUCAGGGUUGAGUACAGUUUGGUACUAGACAGUGCAAUAAAACACGCGCGAGUUACGAAUCUAUAGUGAAAAAUUUCUCUACGCUUUUUACGCUGUUUUGUCAUUUGUGACUAUAUCUGUACAACUCUAUUUCUUUCUCGUCGCGUGCCACGUGGUGAAAAGAAAGAAAUUAAGAAGGGAUACACGGAGGAAAAAAAAAAAGCAAAAGUGAUAUUUGUUUCGAGUGACUUGGUGAGACUGCAACAGAUGCCACAGUCUGAAAGGAUGAUCGCGUAGCGGCGCCCGACCAUCACGGCCCUGAGUGGCCGACACAUCAUGUCACAGUUCUCUUUUCGAGGAUCACCAAAUCUACAGUGUCCUGUGACAGUGAGCUCGUCGCUGACGUCCUCUGCGGCCUCGCCGGUCUCCGGUACGAUCCUGAGCGCAGGCGGUUCGUCGCUGGUCAGCGUAGCGGGCACCACCACGAAUCAUCCCCUGGGCGUAGCUGCCGGUCUAUCGAACGCGAGGAUGGCGGUGACCAGCGCGGUGGUUAGGCCGCCAGGUAGCCCAACCACGUCGGUCAGCCCGUCGCAGGGUCAUCCGCCACCGACGACCGGCGGCCCAACGCCGACCGGACGGUGUUGCGACACCGGAAGACCCAUUUUCACGGAUCCGCUCACGGGUCAAACCGUUUGCUCCUGUCAGUACGAGAUUCUCGGCGGUUAUCAACGCCUUGGUGCGCUACCUGCUGCGCUGUCCAUGUACAGCGCGCCGUACGCGGCAGCGGCGGCUGCCGCCGCCUCCGAGGGCAUGGCAGCUUAUUUUCCGCCCCUGGGGGCCGAACAGGCACCUUUCUACACGCCUACGGCUGCUAGCCUCGAUCUGAAGGAAAAUCUUGGAGCAGGAGCCGCGGCAGCGUGGCCUUAUCCAUCCGUGUACCAUCCUUACGAUGCCGCUUUCGCCACUUACCCCUACAACGGUUAUGGGAUGGAUCUAAAUGGCGCCAGACGAAAAAACGCGACGCGGGAAACGACGAGUACGUUAAAGGCCUGGUUGAACGAUCAUAAGAAGAAUCCGUACCCAACAAAGGGCGAGAAAAUCAUGCUGGCCAUUAUCACGAAGAUGACUCUGACUCAGGUGUCUACGUGGUUCGCGAAUGCGCGGAGACGUUUGAAGAAAGAGAACAAGAUGACAUGGGAGCCGAGGAAUAGGGUCGAGGACGAGGACAACAACAACGAAGACGACGACAGCGGAAGAAAGAGCGUGGACGAGAAAGACCGGCUAGACUCAAAGGAUUCGGGUACCGGAUCAAGCGAGGACGGAGAGCGACCUGCCCAUCGGAUGGACCCUCUUGGCACUAGCGGUGGGUCCACCGGUGUCCAAGGUAGAACCGAGAGCGAAUGGAGCGAGUCGCGAGCAGAUAGCGGUCCAGAUAGCCCGGAGUGCCUAUACGAUCAGAGAGAGCCUAGGCAUCCGUUACAGCUUCAGCAUCCCGCGUAUCUUGCGUCGUCUCAUGGUCGACUGCUGCGCCAUCCUUCCCCGGAAAGCACGCCGCCCAGUAGUCAUCUUCCACCGACCACGACCGCGUCGUCUACGGGCAGUGGGGUCACCACGAAACCGAGGAUCUGGUCUUUGGCCGACAUGGCGAGCAAGGACGGUGAACAGCAGAGUCCUACACCGACCGCGAUGACUGGUCUCUCGUCUCCUUAUAGCGGAAGCGGCGGAGGUGGUGGUGGAGUAGCAGGUGGAGGUGGCGGUGGCGGAAAACUGGUGAGCCCUCUGGCGAGUCGUUUGCCACCUCAUCAUCCUCUUCACCCAGCUAUGCACUCGGGAACGCAGUUCGUUCGGCACCCGGAUUUCUACCGAAACCUCUACGGUGCUUCUCACCUUGGAUCCGGAGAUAUGGCCUUGUUGGAAACUUAUUCGAGAACCUUGGGCGGUCUGAGUGGGGUGAUGCCUCCUUCCACGGCUCCCAGUAUACUGACGACCUCCGCGUCGGCUGUAUCAGCGAGUGGUAAUGUUAAAUCUUUUUCGAUCAACGGGGCUAGCGGUGUCCCCGGUGGAGGCGGCGUGCUUCUGACCACCGCGACUUCGGGCUUGUCUCCCUCGUCGUCGUCAACGACGUCCUCCGGUGGGUCCGAUAUGUCGCCCCAUCCGAGCGGAAGCCUGCCGUCUACGCAGGAGCUCAAGUCACCGGGGCGAGUGUGAUUCCCCUGCGCGGAGACAAUGGACUAAUUACUAUUAAUCGAAGUUUCGAGGGACGGUUCGCCGCGCAGCCGUUCGCGCGUUGUGUGGUGUGUAUGACAAUAAUAAUCAGAGACUACAUUCUUGUAAUUAGUGUACAGUAACUGAACGAAGAACGUCGGAACGAGAUACAUGAUAUGUACUGCCCCUCAAGUCCCUGAUCUCUCUCCACCGUUCCUAGUCUCUGUCUCCUCACAUUAUCUUCUUCGCCUUUUGGAUUCCUUUCGCUUCCCUCGGUCCUUUGGUAUAUCCUGUCCCUCUCUCCUUGAUUCCUAUUUUCUCUCGUCCUUCGUCGCGAAUUUUUCUUCUGUCCGCAGCAAGAACGGGACAGCAGAGAAAGAAAGGUUGGAAAUCGAUCGAUGAAAGAUGAAAAAAAAGAUGGGAAGUUGGAAUGGUAGGCUCGUUUAUCUCUUCCGUAGAGCAGCAGCGCAGCUAAUCGCGGUUUAAAAGGAAAAUAAGACAAAAAAAUACGAAGAAAAAAGAUACACUAUCCUAGGCGUGUCUACUAUACAGUAAUAUUAUACAUAAAGAAUACUAUAUAUAUAAAUACACGAUAAUAAUUAAUAAUUAUUUAUGCGUUUGUAAAUAGUAGAGAGGGCCCAGUAGAGAGCGUCCGGCCAGUGUAUGUAUUGUAUGUAGAGUAGGUACGAUAUUAUUAUUAUAAUAUUGGAGAUCAUAAUUCAUACUAACGACGAAGACGAUUAUUAUUAUUAUUAUGGAUUAUUAUUAUUAUUAUGGAUUAUUAUUAUUGUUAUCGCGAUGUUUAUUAUAACAUUAUCGAUUCACGUCAACUCGGUCGAUCAUGACGGGGUAUAGAUCGUUGAUUACUGUGACAGAUUACGGAGGAGCACAACCCGUGCGAGGAAAACCACGUUGAAAGCGUGCGUCUUGCGCCUGAGUUUCUCCGUACGUAAGUAUUAUUUAUUUAUUGCUCGAGAGCGCUUUAGCGCGACGACGAAUCCUGGAGAAACCGUCGCAGAUCGUGAUAAUAAUAAUCGACGACGCAUCGUU